AGCGCGGAGGGGACCGGACGCAGCGCCGUGGGAGCCCAGCAUGCAGGCAGAGGCAGCUCGCGGAGCCGCAGGAAUUUACCCAGUGGAUAUUUUGGAAGAUGACCCUGAAAGGCAUCUGGAAGCAACUCUGGGUUAUUAUGCGACACUCAGGGAAGGGAUACGGUCCUCAGUAGAGGUUUUCUCUCUUCCCACUGGGGAGCAGAUUAAACUGGAAGCUUCGUCUGUUUGCUUUUGCACCAUGUACCGUGACGAACCUCAACAUAAAAUAUUAGCCUUGGUUAAUCCCCAGGACACAAAGACAGUUGUGGCUGUUUACAUACAGGAGGCCUGGUGGGCCACCGAAGAUGUGCUGCGAACCUCUGAUCCUGCCCGAGAAGGUCUGAUGAAGGUUCAGUCAUUCGGGGAAAGGAUUGUGCUUUUCGUUCUCAACGUCGUUAUUUUUGGAAGAUUGGAGAGAAAUUUGGAUGAUGGGGACAUGUUUUUUUUACCUCACCCUGUGAAGGAGCAAGCGAAAAUUCUGUGGCGGGAUGGAGCAGCUGUUGGGUUUUACACAACCAAAAGGAAAGGCAGCCUGUGUGGUGAUGGCCCGGGUGCAUGCUACCUGCUCCCCGUCUUCGACACCGUGUUUGUCAGGAGGACUUACCGCCGCCAGGGCCUGGGCACGGCCAUGCUGCAGGACUUCUGUGAGACGUUCCGUGAGGACGAGGCUCUGGGCGUCAGUUGGCCGAUUUCUCCCGCCAUGUUCAAAGUGUGCAGGAAGUUCCUGUUGGCCCAUCCGGAGGAGCGGGGUCGCCUGUGGGAGGUGGAGCCCCCAGGAGCCUGGGGCCAGCGAGGCAGCAUCUGGCUGAAGGUUCAACUGCAACAGUCAAGACUUCCAGACCGCCACCUCCGUUUGCUUAUGCCACUCUCUUGCUUGGGGAGGGCAGCACACCCAGGAAAUUCCCAGGAGGACGUGAGCAGUUGUGGGCGGACUUCUCCAGAUGAUGGACCCAGAAUGUCUGGUCGUGAAGGAGGCAAGAAGGAGAGGACCAGCGGAGAACGGGAACAGACAAAGAGUGAUGAAGACUGCGGAGUGGAAGAAGAAGCAGGGCAGCUUGGGCGAGCCUGUGGGGCCGAGCCGGCCAGGAAGGAAGCCAAGAGGACCGUGCUGGAUGCAGGACUGGCCUGGGAGUCCCAGAAGAAGCACAUGCGGCCAGCUCCUAACUCCCAGACGCCACCCUGAGUCUUGUUGAGGGGCCUGUCUGGGCCCAGGGGCCACGGGUGUAAGAGCUGCCCCUGUCACUCCAUGCUCCUGUGGCCGGGAGCUGGCUUCUGUCCCUUCUGUGUUCUCCUUCGAGGAGAGGGCGACCGCACAGACCUUGACUACCUCAGGCUUGUUUUGUGGGCCCAGGUGACAGAAAGCCUGAGAAAGUGCUGCGUUCCUCAAGCACAAAGAUCUAAAGAGGUACAGGUAGUUAUUUUCCAAAGCUCGAAUUUCAGAAGCUUGUUUGUUUAACCUAGUGUAGUUUCUGUUACUCGGGGGGCGGCGGGGGGGGGGGGUGUUGUAAAGAUCUCACCGGAAUCACACGCAUGUGCCUCUUUCUUGAAGCUUAGAGAAGGGCCAUGCCCGUUCCAGCCUGCACUGCAGAGAUCUGUUUCAGGUUUGCUCACGCCAGCCCAGAUGUCACCGUGAGACCACAGACACCAGAAGUGUUUCUAGGGAGGCACGUUUCUUUUCCAGAGAAACUUCAGCCACAUCAGAAGCUCCCCGAGGGCAGUGGCCGGGAUUGGCUG